CCCGCCGGUGCAGAGGCGCCCGCGUCCCUGCCGUCGCAGCCCCCCUCCCCGGGCAGCGCGCGGCCGACCCUCUCGCCAUGGCUGCGGCCGCGGCCCGGGCCCGGAGGACCCCAGGGACAAGGCCCUGCUGACCCUGUGCCAGGACAAGCCCCCAGGGACUGCUGCGGACCCCUCCACUCCCACCCUUCUGCCUCCACGUCCAGGUGGCCGCCAGCACUGCAGGGAGGGAGCUGCUGUCCUCCAGGCACAGCCCAGAACACUGCCACCAUGACGACCAAUCACAAGCCGCAGGACAGAUACAAAGCCGUUUGGCUUAUCUUCUUUAUGCUGGGCCUGGGGACGCUGCUCCCCUGGAAUUUCUUCAUGACAGCCACUAGGUAUUUCACAACACGUGUGGAGGUGUCCCAGAAUGUGUCCUCUGUCGCUGCCGAGCUGAGCAAAGACAUCAAAGCCUCGGCCGCCCCCGAGGCAUCCGUGCCCGAGCGGAACUCCCUCAGUGCCAUCUUCAACAAUGUCAUGACCCUGUGUGCCAUGCUGCCUCUGCUGCUCUUCACCUGCCUCAACUCCUUCCUGCACCAGAGGAUCCCCCAGUCCGUGCGGAUCCUGGGCAGCCUGGUGGCCAUCCUGCUGGUGUUCCUGGUCACCGCCAUCCUUGUGAAGGUGCAGAUGGAUCCUCUGCCCUUCUUUGUCUUCACCAUGAUCAAGAUCAUGCUCAUCAAUUCAUUCGGCGCCAUUUUGCAAGGGAGUCUCUUCGGCCUUGCCGGCCUCCUGCCUGCCAGCUACACAGCCCCCAUCAUGAGCGGCCAGGGCCUGGCGGGCUUCUUUGCCUCGGUAGCUAUGAUCUGCGCCAUCGCUACUGGCUCGGAGCUCUCAGAAAGUGCCUUUGGCUACUUCAUCACGGCCUGUGUGGUGAUCGUGUUGGCCAUCCUCUGCUACCUGGCCCUGCCUCGGCUGGAGUUCUACCGCUACUACCAGCAACUCAAGCUCGAGGGCCCAGGGGAGCAAGAGACCAAGCUGGACCUCAUCAGUAAAGAUCCUGCCACAGCCUCUCACCCACCAGGAGAGGAGCCGCGAGCGGGCAAGGAGGAACCUGUGGUCUCGGCACCCAGCUCCCAGCCCACCGGCAAAAGCCACUCCAUCAAGGAAAUCCUCAAGAACAUCUCAGUCCUGGCCCUCUCUGUCUGCUUCAUCUUCACCAUCACCAUCGGGCUGUUCCCCGCUGUCACCGCAGAUGUCCAGUCCAGCAUUGCAGGCGACAGCCCCUGGGCGAACUACUUCAUCCCUGUGUCCUGUUUCUUGGUCUUCAAUAUCUUCGACUGGUUGGGCCGGAGCCUCACAGCUGUCUUCAUGUGGCCAGGGAAGGACAGCCGCUGGCUGCCGAGCCUGGUGGUGGCCCGGCUGGUGUUUGUGCCACUCCUGCUGCUGUGCAAUGUCCAGCCGCGCCGCUACAUGAGUGUGUUCUUCGAGCAUGAUGCGUGGUACAUCCUCUUCAUGGCCGCCUUCGCCUUCUCCAACGGCUACCUCGCCAGCCUCUGCAUGUGCUUCGGGCCCAAGAAAGUAAAACCAGCUGAAGCGGAGACGGCAGGUGCCAUCAUGGCCUUCUUCCUGUGCCUGGGCUUGGCGCUGGGGGCCGUGUUCUCCUUCCUGUUCCGGGCCAUUGUGUGACACUGGUGGGCUGAGAACCACACAGCCCGCCCACCUCCUGCCCCUCAUCUUCUGCCGGGGACGCACGGCGUGUCUACAGGUCUCCUCUUCUGCCAACUCCUGCUUUCUUCUGUGCAGGGCUCGGCUGGCCAGGCCUGGGGAGGGGUCCAAGCCGGUGGAGAUCAAGGAUGAGCCCUGAGAGUCCGAGGGGGCGUGGGCUCUGACUGAUGGCUCUGAUGGGAGAGGCGUGGGCCCUGCAGGGGUAUACGUGUGUUUUGUGUCUCUCCGUUUAUCUGCCUGCAUCACGCGUGGCUGGGGGCCAGGACUGACCUUUGUAUGGUCUGAUCUCAGAUUUCCUCUCCUUUCUCCCUUUCUGCCCUUGCCCUGCUGUCCCUACCCGUCAUGCACCCUGUACAGUUGCCAUUUUAUUGCCUUUUUUAUACUCGACACAAGCCAGGUGCCUUCUGAGGCUCUCUGAUUAAAUAAACCUUUUUUUUCUCCAUG